CAAACACCGCUUUCGCUGCUUUGUGCUCAUGAAUAGAUUACCUACCGACAGACUGUUAGUAGUUCAGCAAGAGACUAAGCUUAGACUUAGAGUGUUAGGCAGUUGUUGAGUUUGUCAGUGAAGACUUAGACUUAGACAAACCUCAGGUCGGAGAAGGCGAAGGCCUCAGUGCAGCGUAGUGUAAGUGAGGCAAGGCAAACGUAAGAUCAUGUAUCAAAUAUAGCCUAAAUCUGAUACUUACAGCAAAAUAAAAUAGAAAUUUAGCGCCAUCUUUGGACAUUAAAAUAGACCCAAAACAGCUUUAAUAACAUGAAAAUACACCCAACAAAGCUGUAGUUAACACAGUUUCAAGUAUAUUUAAAGCAACAUUCUACUUUGAACCACAACAGACUGUCUAAUCACGGAUAGUUAUCGACAAACGUAAUCAGUAAGUUCCGAAACAUGUCUGUGCGCCGAAACUGGUUACAAUAGGCAAAUUCCUGCAGAUACGACAGAAACAAUGAACGACUAGUUCCAAAUUGUCUUCUCAACUUUGGCUUCGCUCUCAUCCACAUAUUUUUGAUAUUCUGGGUAUGCACUUCGCUGUCAUCAGGAUCAACGAAAUUAUGUUCGUGGACAGCAACAGAAUGCUCGUACCGGUAUAUUCCAUGUCCGAUUUGAUCUAUGUGUGCGUAUGCUUCUAUAAGGCUUGUAGCAUGUCUUCAGGCCUGUUUGGCACUUCCAACAAGAAGCACUUGCCACUUCCGCCCUCGAUCCCACCAAAGACCCAGUGGCCAUCCUGCCACUGACCACGACAUUUCGUUUCAUCCAUCUCCACAAUUAUAGGUUCUCCAUUUACGUCUAUUCCACCAAUUUUAGUGGCAUUCUGUUCCAGCCAAGUUCCACACUCCUCUCACAUGUAGUUGCACCAAUCAAUUACAAGUUUUUUGGUAACAGAUGCCUCUUGCUGUAUCUGCAUCUGUGGCACCGGGGGGGGGGCAUAUCAUACAACCAACGAUACACUAUGGUGACGAUUUGUUGUAAUGAUAACUGACUGGCUGAAAAAAAAGAAUUGUGUCGCACAGAUAAGCCGUACCCACAACGGUCUCAUUCCUAUCUCAUACCGUCAAUGUCCUGCUGGUACUGAUUCAAUGUGCACGGCUGAUUGCAUAUUCCACAUGAUUCUGAGUUGCGAAUCAAAUUGUAGAAGGCACACAACUGUAAUGCUGAAUCAGGUUGUUGCACGUGUGGUGAAAGCGUCAACAAUCGCCACACUUCAUUUAACAUGUCGUUUUUACUCAGUAUUUCGUUCGGUUGUACAAUAGUUGUUUACGCUCGUGGUCUUCCUGCCAUUGUGGAUUAAAAUGAUUUAAAUUUCUUUUAACGUAGAAACUUCCUGUUGUCUGCUAAGGUAUUUCUGAUAUGAUAAGGGGUGCCGUCUAUCUAAGUAUGUAAUUACCGACGCUAUAUUAGAGUUUUACCCUAAACCUAACCUAAUCUGAACCCGAAAUGUAUCCCUAAACCUAACCUGAACCCUAAAUCAAAUGUAUCCCUAAACCUAACCUGAACCUAAAAAUGUAUCCCUAAACCCAACCUGAAUCCUAAUUCACGUCAACUUUAAUAAACACGCAAAUGACAUCUUGGCAUCCAUUCUCUGCAUUAACCCAGUCGCCUAUUCUAAUAGGCCUAAUCAUAUCGUCAUCAUUCAGAUCCAGUGGCCAUUUGAGCAGAUGAAACGAGGGAGAUUACUACUUUUUGUGUAUCGGAAAUGGGCGCCGAAAAAUCAGAGUUUUUAAUUUUCCGAUGUGUGUGUCUAUUUAAUAUUAAAUGAGUACUUUCGACAUAUAUUUGAGUUCCGCUUCUGACCUUAUAAUUUGGAAGACAUCUUGGCCUACAUUUCCAUCCAGUAAUUUUGAACUUUAUUUUGAAAAUCUUUGAUAUGUAUAAGGCAUCUUCGCUUACAAAGUUUUAUGUGAAAUAAUAAGAUAAGGCCCUUUUUUAUUAAAUCUGUAUAAGCAUUAGAUAUUGAUCUAUAUUUGUGCCAAUUCUUAUUGAUGUAGGUCGUGUCCCAUGUUUGUUACACUUGUCACAGUGAACUAUAUCACCAUAAGGUGGCUCAGCCUAAUUUCGACAUGGUGUGGGCCAUGCCCCCUUUUUAAUGGCGGAAGUUGCCGAUACUUGGGAAAUAUUUAAUUAUUACCACUAUACCGUAUGCAUCAAAAUAUUUGAUAUCUUUUGUUUCAUGACGCGAUCAGGGGAAUGAGGUCACAGAAUGUGGAGAUGCAGUCCAUGUUAAAAAAGGACAAACCAAGUCGUACUUUAAAAAUUCAUAACUUUAAAAAUACAACAGCUAAAAAUAUGAUUUUGGUGUUAUAAUUCUGUAAAAAAUUAGCUCUAUUCAACUAUGACAUUGGUUUAUUUUACAAAAUGUUUAAAUUUUUGACCAAAGUAUCUAAGGCUGCAGAUGUGUCCUGCGGCCAUAAUGAAAAAUUACACACCCUCAGAAGCUGCUGUUAGUAAUAGUUCUUAUUAUUUAUUUAUAUUUAAGGGUUUAGUCUGGUGUUUUUGUUUGGUCUUUAACAGGCCUACUACUACUAUUAAAAUUUAAACUAGUAUAUUGUAUAAUAAAAAAAAUUCAAUAUGUAUUAUUAUUAUUGUUUGUCAACUUUGUCUGUAGACUUGAUUGGAGCUGUAUUUUUUUUUAAGUGAGGGAAGAGUGGCUCAAUUUGCCAUCCCCACUCUCUUGUCCUUGCCUAUUUGAUCCAGUGGCAAGACCUUGUUAAUGAUUGGAAUAAGAACAGGAUGCAGUAGAUGACCAGCAGUGUUUUUGUGUGUUUCAUUGUGCUCUUUAUGCUUUCCAUGUCGCAGGAGUUAACAAAAUCUUCAUAUUUUCUAUGCUAGGCUUUGAACUCCAGUCCACAAGCUUGGGAUUGGCUCAGUUUAGAUAGCUUUGCCACGCAGUACUAGAUAGGCGCCUUCUUCUUCGUUGCCUUUUAACCCGUCUGGGGCAUAAGCUGUCCACAAGAAUGUUCCAUUCAUCAUGGUCCUGUGCUUUCCUUUCCAGUUGCUUCCAGGUGUAUCCCAUAUUUUGUAUGUCUGCCUCUAGCUUGCAUCUUUAUAUAUUCUUAGGCUUCCUCUCUUUCUUUUUCCCUGUGGAUACCAUGUUAGGGAUUGUCUGGUGAUGCUAUCUAGUGGUUUUUGUAGAGUAUGCCCUAUCCACCUUCAUCUUUUCUUUAUCAUGUCUUCAUCAAUGAGCACCUGGUAAGUUCUUUCUAGUAGAUCUUUGUUGGUGAUGGUAUUUGGCGAUUUGAUGUUCAGGAUCUUUCUAAGGCAUGUGUUUAUGAAGGUCUGUACUUUCUGCGUAAUACUUUCUUUUGUUUUCCAAGUUUCUGCUCCAUAUAGUAAGACUGUUUUGAAAUUUGUGUUAAAGAUUCUACCUAUAAAUUAGUAAUUUUAAAAAUUUAGGCCUAAAGGGGCUAAUGCAGUAGUUGUGGGGAAUUAAUUUGUUAGUUUCUUGGUUUUGGUUAUUUUAGACAAUUUAUGUUGCCUAAAUUUUAAUUUUAUAAUCUUGAUCGCUAAUUUAGUGAGGUUAAGUUAGUUGGAUUUAAAUUUUUUUUAAAAAGCAAAGACCCAUACAAUAAAAGCUAUGACCCGUGGCAAAGUGAAGACAAUAUAGAGCAUAUUUGCCCUAAUGAUAUUUUAUUUUUGCUGAAACUAAAUCAGUCAAAAGAAAGAAGAUUAUAAAAAAUCAUCCACUGUCUUAAGGCAGAACGAAAAUGUAAUCAAAACACUUCUACAUUUAUUAAAAAAAUAAUUGUAACUUAUCGCUUAAGACAUAGAUAAUGGCUGCUAUAAUAUGGUUUAAAAUGCUAUGAUAUAAUUUGUUUUCUACAUUUGUUUUUUUUUUUUAAAAGGGCAUGCUCUGAUGCUUUAUGAAUUUUAUUUAACAUGUAAGUACAAACUUACUGGGGAUUUAAGCUCCUAAGAAAAGUAAGGGAAGAAAUGGAGAUGACAGUUGGUUCAGGGAAAUCCCUGACAUCACCACGCAUCACUAAGACACAGCAGAGUACACAGAUGCAUUACACACCUCACAAUAUGGCAUCCGUGGCUGCCGAUGCUGCAGCAACAGUCCAUGCCAGUGCUCAUGUUGGACCGAUGAAUGAUGCCAAAGCUAAAACAGUUUUGAAAGAGGCUGUUGACGCUGUUGUGAACAGCUUUGCCAAACACACUCAUGGAUAUGGGAGAGGUUUGAACAUUUCUGUUUUUUUAACUUUGAAAGAUAAUUUAUAAAUCUUAGACGCUGUAUAAGAAACUAUAGAAGGCAUUAAGUUUACUUUCUUUAUAAUUAUCAAAAAGAAUGAAUCUUUCAUUUUUAUUAGAAAAAGUUUAUUAGAUUAAAUUAAUUUUUUUUCCCCCAUCAGUCAAUGUAGUAGAAGCUCUCCAAGAGUUCUGGCAGAUGAAACUCGAAAGAGGAGCUGAUUUAACUAAUGGUGCCUUGGUUGUGUAUGAGUCACAGCCAGCAACUGUGGCACCUUAUGUUUGCUACGUAAGCCUUCCAGGUGGCAGUUGCUUUGGAAGUUUUCAGGUAAUUUCUAUGGUGUUGAGGUAGUAGCAAAAAAUUGGUUUUCCUGUUUUCAUUUUAAAAAAAUUCUUGUGGCGCUUUGUUUUCUGAUGAUUCAUUUUCUAUGCAAGAUGUUGGUCCGAGUAUUUUUCUAGAUUAGCAAAAAAGUGAUAUAUUACAUACACAGUUAUAAGAUAAGAUAAACGAAAUACAUAGGCAAAUACUUGACCUCAUAUCCAGAAUCUGGCAGGAGGAAGAAAUGUCAUCAAAAAUGGACUCUGCACUCAUAAUUCCAAUUCACAAAAAAGAUCUUAAGUUGGUCUGCUGAAACUAUAGAGGAAUCUCUCUCCUUAAUGUUAUGUAAAAACUCAUCACAAAACUUAUAGUAAGAAAACUGGAAAAGUAUAGCGAACAGAUCCUAGGGGACUACCAAUGCGGCUUCUGGCAGAAUAGGUCAACGUCAGAUCAUAUUUUUACUUUUAGAUACCUCCUGGAGAAAUACUACGAAUAUAACAUCAACAUACACCAGCUAUACUUGGAUUACAAAACAGCAUAGGAAGGAAUUACCUAUACAAUGCUCUACAGGAACUUGGAGCCCCUAACAAACUUACCUGACUCAUGCAUAUGACGAUGGCUAAAUCCAAAAGUAGAAUUAAUCUACAGGGAAAGACUCGAGGGAGUUCCCAGUUAAUCAGGGCCUCAGACAAGAAGAGUCACUAUCAUGUAUCCUGUUCAACAUCACGUUAGAAAAAGUUUUUUGAAGCAUACAUGUGAGCACCAGUGGAACCAUUACAAACUAAUUCCAGAGAAUAUUACAGAAUAACAACCAUCAGGCGCUUUAUAUAGCCAGCCAUUGCAGUACCUGGCAUACGCAGACGAUAUAGUGCUCCUGGGUAGAAACAGAAAUGAAAUAAUUAAAGCAUUCAGGGAACUUGAAAAUGUCUCUGUCAAAGCUGGUCUUGAUGUAAAUGAAGCGAUGACAAAAUAUAUGAUAAUGUCACGAAACACCUAUGCUGAUGACAACAUCCACAACUUUGAGAAAGUGGCAACAUUCAUAUCUAUAUAUAGGGGCAACUAUAAACGAGCAUAAUGAAAUAAUGUCGGAGGUGAAAGAAAGGAUAACAGCAGACAACCGUUCCUAGUUCAGCCUACAAAAGCUACUGAGAAAGGGGAACAAAGAAGACAAUAUACACCAUCAUCAUAAGACCGGUAGUUACUUUUGCUCUAUGAGACUUGGUCCCUUACCAGAAAAGCAGAGAACCUGCUCAAUGCGUGGGAUAGAAAAAUCCUCAGGAAAAUAUAUGAUAGACAAUGUUGUUUGGACAAUCUAUGCAAACCAAGAGCAAUUGUGCAAAAAUCCACCCAUAGUUGUAACAAUAAAAAAAAAGGCAGACUGUACUGGAGACAUAUUGAAAGGAUGCCGGAUUGUAGAGCAGCAAAUGUGAUGUACAGGCAGACGGCUCAUUGGUCAACCAAGUCUAAGAUGGAUAGACGAUUCGGAGAAAGAUUUACACCAGAUAGGAGUUCCCCCAGGGUUCUUGCCUGGGGGCGCAAAGCCAUGGAUUGAUAUGAAUGGAAGGAUGUGGAGGAGCAGGCCAAAAAUCCAAAAAAAAUGGAAAUGUGUUUUUUUAUUACAUUGUACAUAUUCAUUUUCAGCACCUUAAUAAAUUAAUAUUUUUUUUUUAACCAAGACAAAAUUUUACUAUUUUAACAAUUUAAACACAAUACAUCUGAAGUAUUUCUUUAUAGUAUAAUUUGGCCAUAAAUGAACUCCAUUAGUGGCAAUGACUUAAUUAGUGAUCAUUUAGAUUUGGUCAUUUCUUGGGGAGUGCCCUGGUAAAUACAUAAGGAUUUUUUAUAUGUUUUGGUCCUGACUUUGAGAGAAAGAAUUGCCCCGAUUGAGCUGAUCUAAGGUAUAUGUGAACAAGUGGGUGAUAUUUAUCAUCCAAAAUAUUUUUUAAAUUAUUCAACAGCAGUUUCCUUCAAAUAGUUCCUCAAGUUAAAGAUGUUUACUUUUUGUGAUAUUACUAGCUGUCUUAAUUAGAUUUCUUAAUAUUGAGGGUGUAAUAAUGUCCCAUUUCAGAUACCCUAAUAUAGUGAAAUCUUCCUUAAUAAAGUGAAAUCUUCCUUAUGUUGUUUAAGAAAUGGCAAUAAUAAAAAAAAAAAAAAUAUUAUACUAAUUUUCUCUGAGCUGGUCAAAAAUAAGGGACGAUCUGACUCACCCAUGUCACUGCUUUUUAUUAGUAUGCAUUUUGACAUUGUUUUAUAAAGGCAAGAAAAUAACAUUUAUUUGAUUUACCUCUUUUGUAGACAUGUACCACAAAAGCUGAGGCUAGACGGAGUGCUGCCAAAAUUGCUCUGAUGAAUUCUGUUUUCAAUGAACACCCGUCUAGAAAAAUAACUGAUGAGUUCAUCGAAAAAGCUAUUGGGGAUGCAGUGACAUCAUUUCAGGUAGCGUGCACCUAGAAACAUCUUCAGCUUAUGAACAUAAAAUUCAAAUUCACUGUUUUGAUUCUUCAAAUGGGUGCUAUAUUUUGAUUAUUUAUUAUCUUUCCUUCUCCUUUCUGAUCAAAUCAUGGAUUUAGAUUGCUUCAAAAUAUAAUUUAAUGUUAUUUGAAGAGUAAAUUUUAAAGCUAAUAUAACUUUUAUAUUUACAUUAAUAGUGAAUGAGUAGUCUUUCAAAUCAAUGAAUAUGUUAUUGUUAAUACUCCUGAUUUAACAGAACUAUGUUUGAUUGAUUUUUUGUAAGUUUUUUUCAAAACUCGUUUGCAAAUGUGUCCAUAAACUGGUAUUAAUACAAGGCUAUAAAAUUUGGUUUCUUUUAAUUUCUGUAAAUUUUAUACUUUCCUGUGUACAGGGUUCACCAUCUGAUGCUGAAAAUCCCAGCACAGGGAUAGGUGCUUUUAAGUUUAUGCUGGAGGCCAAUCGUGGCAGAUCCAUGUUAGAAUUCCAAGAACUUAUGACAGUCUUCCAGCUUCUACACUGGAAUGGUAGUCUCAAAGCUAUGAGAGAAAGGAACUGUUCUCGUCAGGAAGUACUGGCCCAUUAUUCACACAGGGCUUUGGAUGAUGACAUGCGCUCCCAGAUGGCGCUGGAUUGGAUUGCCAGGGAGCAGGAAUCGCCUGAUAUAAUCUCCUCAGAGCUGGAAGUUGCCGAACAAGAUUUAGAAAAUGCCAGAUUAGCUGGGCGCGAGCUUCGUUUCUUCAAGGAAAAGAGGGAUAUUCUUGUAUUAGCGCUCAGUCAGAUUAGUCCAGCUGGUGAAACCAUAGCUUGAAUAAUUAAUAUUAAAGUCUUCAUAGGAUUCAUUAAGUAAUAGGUGUCAUGCCUUCAAAUAUAUUAUAUAUCUAUAUAUAUAUAUAUAUAUAUAUAUAUAUAUAUAUAUGAUUGGGGGUCAGUGGUCAAGAUAUGUGGAUAACAAAUUCCUCCCGCUAGUGACUAGAAACAGUGCAAAAUGAAAUAUUGGAGGCACGAAAAACCAUAAAGUAAGUUAAAGCUUUUACAAAUUAGGUUUGACAUUUAAAUGUGAAUGCUGAUACAUUUUAUGCAACUGGUUUUGAUUUGAUACUAUUUUAUACACAAGACAAGAUAAGCUUUGCAAGGCUUAGAGAGUUCGUCUCACUUAACAAUUUACAUGAGAACUUAUAAAAUUUUUAUUGCGUGUUGUGAUAUGCCGCAGUGUAACCCAAUUACAAUUUGUUGAAUACAAUUGUAACACAUCAAGUUGAAGUGCCUCAUUUUCUUGGAAGGAGCGCCAUUUAAUAUGUACCGUAAUCAAUUUUAUUUUGGGCUUUUUACUGUGUCAGACAUUUUAAUUUUAUAUUACCAUUUAAAGUUUAUUUUAAUCUUGUAUUCAGUCAGUGACACUGAAUGAAGAAAUAAUUUAUAAUUUUUAUAAUUAGUGUACCUUGUGCUUUAGUUCACCUUAAGAACUUAAAAUUAUAAAAUAAUAGAGAGAAUCAAAUCAGGUACCAUUUAUCUUAGACUUAGAGCUUGCCUAUUGGUCACACAUUAAACCAGUGCAUUGGAACUGUUCUAAUAUCAUUCUGCUGUUGCUCGUAAUUGACAUUAAUGGUGGUCUCCAAGUCAGCAUUUAAAAAUAAAUCUGAAUUUCCCUAAAUUUUGGGUGUCAAGGAAAGGAGCAAUGAGACACAGCCCACUAAUGUUAUAGUUAAACUAGCACAAGCAUGAUUUGUGCGAUGCAGCUUUAUUGGCAUGAUUUUAAACUUUUUUAUAUUAGUUUUAAAUCCAAGCUGCAAGGUUGAUGUUAUCUAGUUAAUUAUUUUAAUUAACAACUAUGAAUUUUACUUAAAAAAAAAAAAAUUCAAGAAUCUUGCCAUUUAUUAGUUGUGUGUAAAUGUAUGAUCUGGAGCAAAGGAACAAAACAUUAGUCCUUUUUAUGAGACUUUUUGUGUAAGUGUAAUAUAAUCAAUCCAAUGGGUGAGAGGAACAUAAAAUUGUGUCUACAUUCACCACAACUAUGUGUUUUACACAAUUGUGUGUGUGUGUGUUUUUUGAUAUCUUAACAUUCUUUUUUAAAGAUUCUUUUAUUUUUACUAUUUAUUUAUGUACAGAUAAUGUUGAUAUGUUAAUGUUUAUUGAUCCUUGAAGGUUUAAAAAAAAAAAGAUCUGCAUGUCUUGUUGCAGAAUUUUUAUGCACCUUAACUGAGAAUAAAUUUUAAUACUUUGGAAAUCCCUCUAAUAGAUGUAGUGCAUAUAUACCUUUUAAAUGGGUUACUGGACAAAAAACAUUUUUUUUAUAUAUGUAAUGGAAUGCCCGUAAAUGUAUGGAUCAGCUCUUAUGAUUAACGAAAUCAAUGCAUUAGAGCUCAAUGAUUUUUACAAUUUUAAAUUCGGAGUUAACUAUUUUACCGUGAAUACUUCAUUUUUCAAAAACUUAUAAGUAUAAGUGUAUGAAUUUCUUUUUUUAAAUGUACAAAAUGUUUAGCUUUUGUACAUUUGAAAUUUAAGUGUGACACCGUAAGUGAAUUGGCCUUAACACAGUUACUUUAUGCACUUUUAGAGUUGUGACGAAGGAUCUUUAUUUAUUAUUAUAUAUACUUAUAUUUACACAUACAUGUCAUUAUUUGAAUAAAAACG